AACAGACAUCCGUCACCGAUGAACAAUUGAUGAUAGGGGGAUUAGUUCAGCCGCACACAAUGUUGAAAUUGGACAACAUGACAACAACAACGACACAUACGACGGCGACUCGAACGGCGACGACGACGGCUCCUACUUCCACCACGACGACGACCACUACACCUUCUUACAUUCAGUGGUAGUAUAGCGUCCUCAGGAUGUCAUACACCCUACAUGAUGUCUCCAAGUAUAUCCAUAGCAGAAAAAAGGCGCUAUUCCGUUGGAGGCGGCCAUUAUGAUCUGUAUCCACCGCAGCAUCCGCAACUGCAACAUCAACGCUGGGGGGCAUCCUAUUUGAUGUCGCCCAUCAUCACAACGACAAGAACGCAUUCGGUCAAAAGGAACAAACGUCCUGCUAGUUACUCACGUUGGACAAUUGAAGAAGACGAGUUACUUCGUCAGGCUGUCCAAUUGCAUGGCCCGCAUAAAUGGUCACUGAUUGCCUCUCACGUCCCCAACAGGACGCCAAUGCAAUGUUCUACAAGAUGGUUGGGCGCUCUAAACCCGAAUAUACAUAAAGGUCGUUGGACGGAAAAUGAGGAUGCAGUAUUACGUUACUCGGUGAUGGAAUAUGCCAACAUGACAGAUUCAGAAGGCCGUGUUCAACCUAUUCCAUGGAACAAAAUUGCAGAACGUAUACCGAAUCGUACAGGUAUUCAAUGUCAAGCACGGUGGACAGAAGCGUUGGAUCCGUGCGUUCGUAAAGGUAAAUGGGGCGUGGAAGAAGACCAAUUGCUGCGAUUGGGCGUGGCCAACUUUGGUCGCUGUUGGAUAAGAAUUGCUGAAACAAUUCCUGGUCGAACCCAAAGACAGUGCCGUACUCGUUGGAUGCAAAUCAAAUAUAAAGAAGACAGACAGCAAAAAGGUAGUAGUCAUAAUAGCAAUGCUACCCUCAUCCCACCGGAUGGUGCUGCUGAUAACGUCAAACAUGAGCCACCAACGACAAAGCAACAACGCCGACACUCAUCUGCUGCUCAUCCGCAAAUCACAACGCAGCAGAUACAGACACAUGAUUUGGGCGGUAUGGCCGUAGAUGAUGCUGCUUCCUUUCUGAGUUAUAUAUCAUCAGAGGAUGAAGAUGAACAAUUUCUCACAAACAUAUAGCCUCCCAUUUUUAACUGUCACCCUACGCCUUUACUUUUAGAUAAACGCAUACCAAACAAUAAAUCACUUUUUUUUUUAAAAUUUUGUACUUGAUCUCCAUGAACUCAUCUUACGUAUCAGUUCAUCCCUUGACGUCCUGUUUUCAAGUAAAUGCUAUCUAUAAAUUCAACGAUCUUUAUGCAACAUAUUGGCUCCGUUACAACAACGAUGACUUAAAAGAGCUCAUAAAUAAAGAAAAGCCGGAUUGACUAGGCCCUUUUUUUUUUUUCUUGGCAUUUGCCGUUUUCUUCCUUCAUUAAGUGAAAAAAAUUGUCAAAAUACACACAGAGUUAACUAAGCGAACUGUCCCUUUUAAUUCAGUGACUAUGUACAUCUAUUCGUAAAUGAUUUCAAACGCGUGCAUUCAUGUGCUGCUAAUUAGUUUCGAGUA